AUGUCCAAUCUGAAGAAAAGAUCAUCAUUAUCGACUACAACUUCAGAUUCUCAAACUAACCUGGAAGUGAAUCAGGAGCAGACAACUAUCAAAAUUGAACCAGUAAAUACGCAGAAGAAACUUCUCUACACCUGGAAUGAAAUACCAGACUGGCAAAAGGAUAAUGAACACAUCGUAGGGGGGUAUGUGCGCGAGACUAAUAGUAUUCGAGAAUGUUUGCAAAGUCUCUUAUAUCUGCAUAAUGAAUCCAUUAACAUCUAUACUCAUUUCUUACCAGGUUUAUGCUUUCUAGCGACCUGCAUCUUUGAUAAAUUUGCCAUUAAAAACUUUGAUACAACAACAUGGAUAGAUUACAUGGCAAUAGAUUUUUUUUUCUUUGGUGCAUUCUCAUGUUUAAUUUUAAGCAGUACUUUCCAUUGCUUCAAAUCUCAUUCUUCCCGAGUAUCCGUCUUUGGAAAUAAAUUAGAUUACUUGGGGAUUGUCAUUUUAAUCGUUUGUUCGAUGAUUAGUAUCUUAUACUAUGCGUUUCAUGAUAGUAACAAACUUUUCUACUCAUUCACAUUGAUUAUCUUUUGCUUUGGCGUUUCCUGCACUAUAGCGUCUUUUGAUGAUACCUUCCGUUCAAGGGAAUGGAGACCCUAUAGGGCUGGCCUAUUCGUUGCGUUUGGAUUAUCAGCUCUUCUACCUAUAAUGGGCGGUAUAAUAAAGUAUGGAUUUCAUGAAACCUGGACUAGGAUUCAAAUGAAAUGGGUUAUUUUGGAAGGUAUCUUCUAUAUCUUUGGAGCCUUUUUAUAUAGUAUCAGGUUUCCAGAGAGAUUGGCACCUGGUGCUUUUGACUUUGUUGGUCAUUCUCAUCAAAUAUUUCAUGUUCUCGUCGUUAUCGCUGCAUUGUGUCAUUUAGUUGCAUUGAUGAAUAGUUAUGAAUUGGUCCAUACAAAUUUACUCUCAAACUCCACAUGA